AAAAGAAAUGAAGGAGGGAAAACUUGGUCUAUCCUAUCUAAAGUGCCAAAAACAACAGCAGCUUUGUUUUCAAAGGAAAUGGAAGAAAUGAACUCAUCAGAUGAUGAUGUUUUAUGUACAGCUGAAGUGGAUACCGAUUCAAAAUUUGGUCUUCUUGGGUACCAGCCUGCAGAGAAAAUAAAUUACUUUGAGAAGCUUCCAGAUGAACUGCUGCAAAAAAUAUUUUGUCAGUUGCCUAUUUUGGAUCUUUGUUUGAAUUGCAACAGAGUUUGUGUUAGGUGGAAUCAGGUCAUUUCACAAGAAAAGUUUAUGAGGUGGAAGAAAAUUUACUAUAAGCUGAAGAAAGACAAUCAGAAUUCCCAUGAAUCCAAGCAUGCCAUCAGGACGAUCAUGAGGGAGAACGGAAUGGUGAAUACAUCCGAGUAUCUUACUGGACUAAUCAGGUAUUUCAAAUCAUUCUAUUCGUUCCCUAUGUCUGUGUACAGAGACAUUGUGGAGAAGUUAGAGGCUCACAAAAAAUACACAUGGGCUAAAGCUCUUCUGGAGGAGAGGAUGCCGGAACUCAUUAUAGAUAGGGUUCCAAACCCCUGGAGUAUGAUUGUGACCCUGGUGGUCAUCUCGGAGACGGUAGGAGACGUACAAGAAGUUAUUAGUUGUAUGGCUCGUUCUACAUGUCUGACAGAGGACAUUCUGGAGAUGUUAUACUGCUGUGCCUCCAUUUUGCUGGUGAUGAAAUUCCUUAAAAGAAAAGCUGUAUGGAAUGGAAUGCAUUACCGAUUGUUCUAUGCACUGUAUUUGUUUGAGAAUACAUCUGUGUCUUAUUGCGGUGAUCUGAGACCAGCAGUCAGGGGAGGUCAGCAAAGCAUCAUGACUUACAGUCGAGCAGAUACUGUUGUAAAAUUAACGCAUGAACAACUUAGAAUUGUAAAUCACAAUGUACUGCCAGGGGAAGUUAUCAAGAUCAUGGCAUUUGCAGGAACUGGUAAAACGUCAACGUUAGUCCGCUACACUCAGCUACGGCCAAACAUCAAGUUUCUGUUAGUGGUUUAUAACAGGUCUGUUUGUGAUCAUGCCAAAACAAUAUUUCCUAAAAAUGUAGAGUGCCAGACUGGACAUUCAUUAGCUUUCAAAGCAGUGGGAAGAAAGUACAAAGAUGCCAAUAAGCUACGUGAUCUGUCAGUGUAUGCAAUUACUCAAAUUCUGCCAUCACGAAAGGGAGACAACCUGUUCAUCCGAGCCAAACUUGUACAGGACACCUUGAAGACAUUCUUUUCCUCUGCGGACCAGAACAUCUCCCUGGAGCAUGUCCCAACCUACAGCACGAAUGACAAAGGAGGGAGAAUCAUAAUUGAUCCAGAUAAAAGGCAGGGUUAUGUUAAUGAUGCCAAGUAUCUCUGGGAACGUAUGAAGGAUCUGAGAAAUAAGGAAGUACCUAUGCCCCAUGAUGGCUAUCUGAAGCUGUAUCAGUUAUACCGGCCCCAGCUCCGGAACUACAACUGUAUCCUGAUAGACGAAGCUCAGGAUCUCACACCAGCUUUGUCUGACCUCCUCCUGGGACAACAACAGGCCAAGAUACUGGUGGGAGACCCCCACCAACAAAUCUACUCCUUCCGAGGGGCUGUCAAUGCUCUACACAGGAUCAGUGCGUCAGUCAUCUUCUACCUGACUCAGUCUUUCCGCUUUGGCCCAGAGAUAGCUGAGGUGGCAGCUUGCUGUAUUGAAGAGCUUAAACAUGAGAAAAAAACAUUGGUGGGCAACGGAACUCCUUGCAAUGUAUAUGGAGAAGUUAGUGGACAGAUAGCAGUGCUGUGUCGUUGUAACUUUACCGUGUUUUCUGAAGCCGUGAAGAAAUGCUGUUAUGCUGGAGAAACCAACAUUAAAGUGGCUUUUGUUGGGGGAACUGAUGGCUUUGGUUUUCCAAUGUUACAAGAUCUCUAUACUCUCAUGCUGUCUCCUGAAGAAAGAGCUAAACAAAACAGAGUAAUUGAGAACAAGCUAGUGAAGAAGUUCAGUAGUUUUGCUGAGUUUGAGCAAUUUGCAACAAAGACCAAUGAUGUGGAACUCUUGGGGAAAAUUAGAAUUGUUAAAACAUACCACCAUAACCUUCCUGUCACUAUUCGCAAAAUCCUUGCCCAUACCGUCAGAGAUCUCAAUAUUGCUGACAUGAUCUUCAGUACAGUUCACAAAGCUAAGGGUCUGGAGUUUAACACGGUCAGACUGACUGAUGAUUUCAAUGUAGGACAGGAUGUACCAGGGAUAAUUAGAACAGUGCCGGUCAGUGCUGAUGAGUAUAACCUACUUUAUGUUGCUGUAAGCAGAGCCAAACGGUCACUUCUGAUGACCCCCACUCUGGUGGAUCUCAUGAAGAAGGCAGGGGAGCGAUAUGAGUUUCCUGUGCUAAGUUCCCAUUUGGCUAACUCUGGUGUGGUGAUGAAAUGUAAAGAGACUGAUGAAGAGUUCUCUCCCUUUGCUCUAACUCUUCAGAAAAAGACAAUAGUUACAAGUGAUGGAGAGGUGUUGGAGGGAGGGUUGUAUGGACCAAAGAUUUUAAAAGAGGAGAGUCACCAGUUCAGUGAAUUACUAGGGGACCCCAACCAUCAGGAAACACAGGCAGAGGAGGUGUCAUUUGAGAAUGGGGAACUUGGCAUUAUAAUAGAUAUUGAAGACUAUUUAUAGGGCAUUUUUCAAGUUUGAUGACUGAUAGGAAUCUAUGUGAAAAGGAAAAUAAGCAGAUUUAAUGUUUCAGAAUCCAUGAAACAUGAAGGCAAGGAUAAAUGGGCAAGUCGAUGAAGAACUGAACUGAACUGAAGAACUGAAGUCGAUGGAAUGAACUGCAGGGUUCCCAAUAAGAGAAGAGUAAUGUCUCUUGUCCUUGUACUAUUUUCAAACUGAGUACAAGUGAUGAUGUAUAAUAGUGAUGAGAAAUAACUUUUUAAAGAAGGUGCUGAGAAACUAAAACUGAGAAACCAAUAUACAGUGAUGCAGUUUUAGUUUAACCUACCCGGUUCUUUAUUUGUUAGUUGUACAUUUCAUACAUCUUGUCCAUUAUCACUGGUCAUUACCAUCACUGAUAUUUCUGGACCAAACCUUGUCCAUGGUGUAACUGUAUGUGCAUGUGCCUGUGCCAGUAUUUUUUGGAAAUAAUAAUUUUGUAGCAUUUUU